CGCCGAAAAUGAUGACGUACAAUGGAAGUGACAGGAGUGCGUGCGCCGUUCUUAACUCCGCGACGUGUAGUUUUCACGUGCUUUGGUUCCUGGAUGAAGUUGGAGCUGUCCCUGGUGGUGCAGGGCUGUCGGCUAGGUGUGCUGACGGGACUCGGCAAGGCAGGACAACACUCCCUAGAGGUGCCGGGGUGCCUGCUGUACACCCGCUGCGGCACCGUGCCACACCUCACCCAGGACACUUUGCACACACUGAACAACCUGCCCUCCGUCACACAGCUCACCCUGAACACACUAGCGGAACACCAGGAAGUAUUGGAGGAGUUCAAGGAGGGAGUCAGGAAGUUUGCAGGUCUUCAUGACACAGUGUUGUACUGCUCUCUCCACGACCCUGCGACCUCAUGCCCCCCAGGUCACAUCACCAACAAGACGGUGUCUGUGUGGGGUAGUGGCGGUCGUAUCGAGCUGACGGUUGCGAAGUUCAUGGCUCUUCAGAAGGCUGUCCAGCCAGACCUGUACCAGAGCAUGGCAGACGGAGAGACUUGGCAGAUCAACACUUCUCGCAAGAGGGUCCGCAAGUCAGUGGACCGCACCCUGGCCCACCUGGAUGAGUGUCUGCUCCUCCACCACAAAACACAGGAGCUGAGUGGGGUGGAGGUGUUGGGGGUGGUGGAGGGAGGAGAUGUGCUGGAGGAGAGGGUGCGGUCGGCCAGGGAGACGGCCAAGCGGCCAGUAGGAGGAUUCUGUCUGGACGGGCUCCAUACUGCAGCCAUGGAGCAGCACCUCCGGACCCAGCUCAUCACUGCCAUCAUCAAGGAGCUGCCUGAGGACAAACCCAGGCUGCUGCAGGGUGUGGGGCGGCCAGACGAGGUGCUGGCGUGCGUGGAGGCGGGAGUGGACCUGUUUGAGAGCUUCUUCCCCUUCCAGGUGACAGAGCGAGGCUGUGCUCUCAUCUUCCCUUUCAACAUCACCACUGACCCAGAGGCAGCAGGUACAGGUGUACAGGCACCCCCAACAGUUGUGGAGUUGGACAAGUCCGAAGCUGCUGUAGGUCAGAAGAAUGGAACUGAUAAUCCCCAAGAAGAACAAACCGAGAUGACUCUUUUUGAGAUCAACCUGAAAGAUAAGAGGUACAGAGAUGACUUCAGUCCCCUGGUGGAGGGGUGUGGCUGCUACUGCUGCAGGAACCACCAGAGGGCGUACCUACACCACCUGCUGGUGACCAAUGAGCUGCUGGCUGGAGUACUGCUCAUGCUCCACAACACGGCCCACUACUGCGCCUUCUUCACCGCCCUCAGGGGGGCGCUAGCCAGCGACAAGCUGGACCACCUCAAGAAAAGAGUACUAGAAGGACCAGGCAAGGGGAUGAGCGGGGAGGGGGCUGGGGAGAAGGAUGGAUAGGUUUGUUGGAGAGGUAAGGGUGGGACAGGGAGGGGGCUGGGCAAAAGGUGGGAGGAAUAAUGGGAGUGAUUCAGGUGAAAGUGUUGGGAGACCUUUUCUCUCCUUCCUUGAGGAUAAUCUGUGGGUUUGAAGGUGGCUAGAUGAAGGCAAAGUUUCUGUUUAAUUGCGCUCACCUACCCAGUCAUGUCAGAUCAGUGAUUACUUUCAGGCAGUCAGGAUGCAUUUUGGGGACUCCAAGGAGAAAUUGGCUUUGCAGCGGGCGGCAGUCAUCCCUAAAAACAAAAUAGGCAUCUCAACAAAUAAAAAAGAUAUAACAAGAGAGGGAGCAAGAGGACCAGGUGAAGGGGUGUGGAGGGCCAGUAGAAAGGGGCAGGAGGACCAGGUGAAGGGGUGUGGAGGGCCAGUAGAAAGGGGCAGGAGGACUAGGUGAAGGGGUGUGGAGGGCCAGUAGAAAGGGGCAGGAGGACUAGGUGAAGGGGUGUGGAGGGCCAGUAGAAAGGGGCAGGAGGACCAGGUGAAGGGGUGUGGAGGGCCAGUGGAAAGGGGCAGGAGGACUAGGUGAAGGGGUGUGGAGGGCCAGUAGAAAGGGGCAGGAGGACCAGGUGAAGGGGUGUGGAGGGCCAGUGGAAAGGGGCAGGAGGACUAGGUGAAGGGGUGUGGAGGGCCAGUGGAAAGGGGCAGGAGGACUAGGUGAAGGGGUGUGGAGGGCCAGUGGAAAGGGGCAGGAGGACUAGGUGAAGGGGUGUGGAGGGCCAGUAGAAAGGGGCAGGAGGACUAGGUGAAGGGGUGUGGAGGGCCAGUAGAAAGGGGCAGGAGGACUAGGUGAAGGGGUGUGGAGGGCCAGUAGAAAGGGGCAGGAGGACUAGGUGAAGGGGUGUGGAGGGCCAGUGGAAAGGGGGCAGGAGUACUAGGUGAAGGGGUGUGGAGGGCCAGUGGAAAGGGGCAGGAGGACCAGGUGAAGGGGUGUGGAGGGCCAGUAGAAAGGGGCAGGAGGACCAGGUGAAGGGGUGUGGAGGGCCAGUGGAAAGGGGCAGGAGGACUAGGUGAAGGGGUGUGGAGGGCCAGUGGAAAGGGGGCAGGAGGACUAGGUGAAGGGGUGUGGAGGGCCAGUGGAAAGGGGCAGGAGGACUAGGUGAAGGGGUGUGGAGGGCCAGUGGAAAGGGGCAGGAGGACUAGGUGAAGGGGUGUGGAGGGCCAGUGGAAAGGGGCAGGAGGACUAGGUGAAGGGGUGUGGAGGGCCAGUAGAAAGGGGCAGGAGGACUAGGUGAAGGGGUGUGGAGGGCCAGUGGAAAGGGGCAGGAGGACUAGGUGAAGGGGUGUGGAGGGCCAGUGGAAAGGGGCAGGAGGACUAGGUGAAGGGGUGUGGAGGGCCAGUGGAAAGGGGGCAGGAGGACUAGGUGAAGGGGUGUGGAGGGCCAGUGGAAAGGGGCAGGAGGACUAGGUGAAGGGGUGUGGAGGGCCAGUGGAAAGGGGCAGGAGGACUAGGUGAAGGGGUGUGGAGGGCCAGUGGAAAGGGGCAGGAGGACUAGGUGAAGGGGUGUGGAGGGCCAGUGGAAAGUGGGCAGGAGGACCAGGUGGCAGGCCAGUGGAAAGGGGCCAGGAGGACCAGCUGAAGGGCUAGUGGAAAAAGGGGUCAGGAGCACCAGAUGAAGGGGUGUGGAGGGCCAGUGGAAAGUGGGCAGGGGGACCAGGUGGAGGGCCAGUGGAAAUGGGGCAGUGCAGAUGCAAAGUUUGGUAACAGAAUAACGGCUCAAACAGCAAACUGUCGUUCUGUUACCAAACUACAUCUGCACUGUUCAAUUAAAUGUCUUUUUGUAAAAUGUUCUGUGGAAAUUGUUAAGUAGUCCUUGUGCAGACCUGUAUCAUUAGUUUAACUUUGCAAUCAUUGUUUUUUGUUUGACAUACAUUUUAUACAUCGGUCUCGAUGUUGUCCUUUUAUAAACACCUCAGAUGCUGUCAGCAUCAUUCUACAAACAGCUCUGAUGCUUUCAGCAUCAUUCUACAAAUACACCUGAUGCUGUCAGCAUCAGUCUAUAACCACCUCUGAUGCUGUUAGCAUCAUUACCUAUUGCUUUAUUUAUCUGCUUUUCAUUUAGGUCCCUCUUUUUCUGUAAUUAUUUUUCGCACUCAAUUAAGUAUUUGAUGAAAACUUGGAUAGUUUUUUCCCACAUCUAAUAAAUGUAAUUGUGCUUUAUA